CGACACCAAGAAGAGGAAGAGGGGGCGAGCGCGAGAGUAGAAGAGCGAGCGAAGGAGGGAGAGAGAGAGAGCGCUCGCUCGCUCCCUCGCGCUUUCCUCCGGGCUAGAGCUUCGGCGCCAGGCAGACGCUAGGGCAAAAAGAAAAUCCAGAGGAAGCUUCUCACAGAAUCAAGUUUCCUUCCAGGAGAGAGCAGUGGAGACUUGUUAUAACUUAUAAUUGUAUUGCACUCAUUUGCACAUUCAGGAGCACAUUUACAAUAAAGUUUUUGACAGCCAUGGAAGAAUUAAUAGUUGAAUUGCAACUGUUCCUCCAACUUCUGGAUCAUGAAUAUUUGACAUCCACAGUAAGGGAAAAAAAGGCAGUUUUAAAUAACAUUCUUUUGAGGAUACAAUCAUCAAAAGACUUUGACAUGAAGGAAAAUGUGCAGAAACAAGAGGUUGUCAACAAUGUACCUGCUCCUCCUCAGAUGCCUCUGCCAGAAAUCCCUCAGCAAUGGCUGCCUCCAGAUAAUGGUCCUCCACCUCUGCCCUCCUCAUCUCUUCCUGAAGGUUACUAUGAAGAGGCAGUACCGCUCAGCCCAGGAAAGACUCCAGAGUACAUUACUUCCAAUUAUGAUUCAGAUGCUAUGAGCAGCUCUUAUGAGUCUUACGAUGAAGAAGAUGAAGAUGGGAAAGGGAAAAAAAUGAGACAUCAGUGGCCUUCUGAGGAAGCAUCAAUGGACCUUGUUAAGGACGCUAAAAUCUGUGCCUUCCUUUUAAGAAAAAAGCGAUUUGGACAGUGGACGAAACUGCUGUGUGUGAUUAAAGACAACAAACUACUGUGCUAUAAAAGUUCCAAGGACCAGCAGCCUCAGAUGGAACUGUUGCUGAGUGGUUGCAAUAUUAUGUAUAUCCCCAAAGACAGUAAGAAGAAGAAGCAUGAAUUAAAAAUCUCACACCAAGGGCAAGAUGCUUUAGUGCUUGCUGUGCAGAGCAAGGAACAGGCAGAUCAAUGGCUGAAGGUAAUAAAAGAAGUUUGCAGCAACUAUGUUGGAACCACAGAUUCAGAUGGACCUUCAUCUAAUUCUCCUGUACAUAAAACUGAACUGGAAAAGAAAUUAUCUUCUGAAAGACCAAGUUCUGAUGGAGAGGGUGCAGUAGAAAAUGGAGUAACUGCCAUCUGUAAUGGAAAAGAACAAGUAAAGAGGAAAAAAAGUUCCAAGACAGAAUCCAAAGGCACCGUGUCUAAAGUAACGGGGAAGAAAAUAACAAAAAUAAUUGGCCUAGGAAAGAAAAAGCCCUCAACAGAUGAACAAACUUCGUCAGCAGAAGAAGAUAUUCCAACAUGUGGAUAUCUUAAUGUGCUCUCAAAUAAUCGUUGGCGUGAACGCUGGUGCCGAGUGAAAGACAAUAAGCUCAUUUUCCACAAGGACAGGACAGAUCUAAAGACCCAUAUUGUUUCUAUUCCUCUCCGUGGCUGUGAAGUUAUUCCAGGGUUAGACUCCAAGCAUCCUUUGACAUUCCGACUGCUUCGAAAUGCCCAGGAGGUUGCAGUACUAGAGGCUUCUUCUUCAGAAGACAUGGGCAGAUGGAUUGGGAUUUUACUGGCUGAGAGUGGUUCAUCGGCAGACCCUGGCACUCUGCACUAUGACUAUAUAGAUGUGGAUGUGACAGCAAGUGUUAUUCAGGCUGCAAAGCAAACCUUCUGUUUUAUGAACAGACGGGUUGUCUCUACUAAUCCUUAUCGGGGAAAUGCUGCCAAUGGCUACGCAUGUCCCAGCGGGAUGGCACUUCAUUACGAUGAUGUUCCUUGCAUAAAUGGAUCAGUAAGAAUUGAUUUUUGUUGGGAACCAGAAGAUGGCUUUUCUACUUCACGUAGCAGAAGCACAGGAGAAGAUGGGCUUUAUGAUAACAUGGGCCUGUAUGAUAACCUGCCAUCUCCGAAAAUCUUUGCACGCUGUCCGCAAGCAGACCGAAAAGUCAAUAGGUUAUCUACUGACAAACUGUCCUCUAACCACUAUAAACACCCUGUUUCAUCCAAUCUAUCUUCUGCUCAGUCUGUCACUAAUACCUCUGCUGUGGGGAGGGGAUCUGUGUCACAGUUUAAAGGAAAGAAAGCUUCUGGAGCUCCUAAUGGAGUUAUGGGGAAAGGAAGAACAUUAAACAAUCCACAGAAGAAAUCAGAUUUUCCUUCAAGUGUGAAACGUAGCACCUCAAAUGCAGAUCAGUACAAAUAUGGCAAGAACCGUGUUGAAGCUGAUGCAAAGAGGUUGCAGACCAAAGAGGAGGAGCUAUUAAGGAAAAAGGAAGCGCUGAGGAAUCGCCUGGCUCAGCUUCGAAAGGAAAGAAAGGACCUUCGAGCAGCACUUGAAGUGAAUGCUGGCAGGAAAACUUUAACUGUUCUUGAAGAUAAAUUAAAGAAGCUGGAAGAGGAGUGCAAGUUGAAAGAAUCGGAACGUGUUACUCUGGAACUUGAGUUGACAGAGGUGAAAGAAAACCUGAAGAAAGCUUUGGCUGGUGGCAUCACUCUAGGUUUGGCAAUUGAGCCUAAAUCAGGAACUUCUACUGCACAGUCUCCAGUGCUAAAGCAUCAGACGCUGGAGAAUUCACCAAUUUCCAGUUGUGAUACAAGUGAUACAGAAGGUUCCAUGCCUGUGAACAGUGCUGUAGUCCUGAAAAGACAUUCUUCCUCAAGCAGUUCUCCAUGCAGAGGCCACGUGCUUCAGAAAGCAAAGGAAUGGGAGAUGAAAAAUGGAACAUAAAGAAGUGAAGUGGUCACCAGCUUUCUGUUCAAAGCCCUGUUUCAUAUGGCUCAAAAUGGACUGAAGAAGAGUUAUCUGCACAAUGAUAUAAAGGAUUCAAUUGAUCCUGUUCAGUUAGUGAUCAAUAAGUUUAAUACAGCCAAGGAAAGAGUUGUUUUGAAUGUGGCAUUUUUAUUGCAGUGACGUUUCAUCUGGAAGACUAGAAGUAUAAAAUGAACAGAAUAAAUGAAUAUGUAGCUGGAUCAGGUAAACUAGCACUAGCAAUUGUGUUAGGUGGAAAUGGAGAUUGGCAUGUUUCAGUAACCAUUUGAAAUAGUUUUAGAUAGCUUUAAUUAAUUGGUAUGAAAGCAAAUGUGGACUGCUGGAUAAAUUUGGGGAUCCAAAUGCUUGAGGCUUUCGUUUAGUCCUUACAAGUUUCACACGGAAGGCAAAUGAAAAGCUGGAGCCCUUGCUGGGGUUGUGCACUUGGUGUUUUCCAUGGUGAUGAGUGAUCAGCGGAGGACAAAACAUAAGCAGAAAACAGUCUUGCUACUGGUAGGAAGACUCAUUGCCCUUUCAAGUAAAAAGAACAGCCAUAGUUUUAACUCUUAAAAAAUCUUUUUUUAAAAAAAAUAAUAAUAAUGUUCUCAUGUUUUAAAUUCUUACUUUAAAAGUCCAAUACUAAGAGAUGCCACUUACAAAAAUAUCCCAACCACCUCUGUCUCCUUGAUUCCCUUUCAUAGCAGUAGACAUUUUGAUGAAGAUCUUUGGGAAGAAGAUACAGAACAACCAAAAGAACAAAGCUUUGUUGGAUUCAGAAACAUUCUAAGUUAACAAACCAAAACUGAUGUUUUUAAAAAACUAGCUCCCCCCCCCUUCCUGUCACUGUUGCAUGCAAAGGUUUUCUGACCAGCAGUGAAUGUUUCGAACAAAGGACGUUUCAUCAUGAUUCCUUAACACGUUAUUUUAAGUAAUCUCUGCUAAAGUUGCUAUGUGUCCCUGUUUAUUUAUGUUUACUUUUCUAAUGUUUAAUCACAUUUCUUUCACCUGCUGUAAUAUAGUGACUAAGAGCAUGAGCUGUGAGGCCAGGAGGUCCCCAGUGGAAAUUUAUGAGGGCACUCACGGGGCAGCCAUAGCCCAAUCCUGCCUUCCUUAUGGAGUUAACAAGAGUAGCCCAUUUUGCAGGAUUACCAGGAUCAAAUAUGUGAAGCAGUUUGAAUGCUUGAAAUGUCCUAUAUAUGCUUUCAUUAGUAUUGUGCACACCUCAAAGAAACAUAAAAGUAGAACAUUUCCUGUGGCUAUCUUUAACGCCUGCCCUCCCUGACCCUGCUUCCCAAAUGUUGCAUGUGAAUAGAAGAAUGCAGAGAGCGCCUGUGUGUAUGGGCUGCUCCAGUAUCAUUCCUUUGUCUGGCAUAUGAGGCAUGGCAGCUGGACAAGAGUCACCUCUCAUCCUCUGAACAGUAAGAAGAGGCUUUCACUCCAGGGAAAAAGCUCAUUUUUCUCCUUUUCAGUUCUGUUUCUUUCCUGAAGGUAGAUGUAAGGAUCCAGGCUAGGGAGGUUUAGUUUGGGGUAGUGGUGUCUGUUCUGUGCACUUUUUUUUCUUUCUGUCUCUCUCAUGUAAGCCAAGAAAGCUGUGAGGGAAAAGAUAAAAGAGGAAAAAAGCCACUUUGCCAUCCAUGCUCACUGAGCUCUAGUCAAAACAUAAUAUAAUUGGGAUUGUCCUGCUCCACUACUGGACAGUGUGUUUCUUGGGCCUCCUCUCUGCCACAGUUGGGGUGUUGAGGAGAGAGCCAGGGCUGACAGUCCACCCUCACCCCAAAUGGUAAGGUCUUCUGCUUGCCCUGGGCCUGUGACACCACGUCUGAGGCAAAGAGGUGUGCCUCUCCUCACUUAAAGCAGCAUUUUGUGUGCCCUGUAGGUCAAUCAUAAUUUGAACAACAUCUACAAUGGGAGUUAUUCAGGGCUCUUGAGAGAUUUUAAAUUGUAUUUAUUUAUUUAUCUAUCUAUUUAUUUAUUUAUUUUUAAGGCAAUAGAUAGGGUUCUCUGUGGAAACCAGGAGAGACUAAUGGUCAGAGGAUGCAGAAUACCGUGGACAUCCAUUCUUUCCUGCCCCAAGAGUUCAGCUCGCCCCCUGAAGAAUUUUCCAGAAAGGGCUCUUGCCCUUUUAGUGAAAACACCAGCCCUGGUGACGGAGCUGGAGAUGGGACAAACUAGACCAAAGGCAACUUUCUCGCCUCUUCCCCCCCCCCCACUGCCAAUUCCCUUGCCUUUUUGUUUUGUUUUUUGUUAUUAGUGAUGUCAGGACCCAAAUAUGAAGAUAGUUAACAACCUAGCCUCUCCUAAGCUGUGAGGCUAUUGUCAGUUUGGGCUUCUUGAUGUUGUUUUAUUUGCUGUGUUGAGGAAACUCAGUUCCUCAAAUAACAGAAAUAUCUGAGGGACUGGAGGGGAAAAAGGUCCAUCCCAUGAUUCACAAAUAGGGAUACGUGGCCCAUGGACCUCCGGAUGUUGUUGCCCCAGCUUAAAAGUUUUCAAAAAAUGAUUUGUGCUUAUUUUUAAAAUUGUGUUGUUUUUCCUUUCAGUAGUAGUGAUGAAAACACUCAAGUAAAACUGAGUUCAUUUUAUAUUUCUUGUUGAUAGCAAAAGUAAGGGAGUUUGAGGAGGGUUUUCCAUAAAAGUGUCACAAACAAAAAGUCCCCUUUCUCAGUUACCAGCAGCCUGACUUCAGAUGACAGGAGGAUAUGGAAAAAGGUCUUUGGUGAUGAUGCCAGAGUUUGGGCAAGCUGGUGUUAAUUCCUUUUCCAUGGUUUCUCUAAUUUUAUCCCUCCAGGGAAUUAUCAUCCUGCUGAAGAAGAAUUACAAUUUGCUUAAAAGCUGUAGGUAUUACUCAUACUCAUGAAAGUGUUACAGCCCUUUCCAACCACCAGUUAGUUUUUCAUUUAAUCAUCCUGUUCUGUCUUCCAGUGAGAGGGAUUUCUACAAGACAGUGGUAUUGAAGGUGUUGAAUCUGCAGGUUGCAGGCUGAGAGUUUGGUUCAUUGAUAGAGGAAACAGUUUACCAGGCUUGGAAUGUUUACUUUGGUAUAUAUUAACUGUUCUGAGAUGUCUGUCUAAAAAGAGGAAGAGAUAGGGAAGCUUCAGCUUACCUGUGGGUUAUCUUUUUGUUGCUCUUGCCAUUUAGGUCCUGACUGUGUCCAGGUUUGCACUCUCCCCCUGUCCAUGUGUCAUUCCUUUUGAGGUGCAGCCAUGUACAGGACGGAAGAUACAGACCAAAUCAGAUCUGUGCCAUUGAUUUUGGUACUUUGUUCCUUGAACAUGGGACUUGUUGUCAGAAGGCACCACUCUGUAUAUUGGAGCCCUUUGUUCCUUUAUAAAGAGCUGCCUCAUUUGGCUUCUUAAACUGGGAGUCCUGUAUCUGACUGGAAAUCCAGGGCACUUGCUAACCAGUUUUCUUGAUUGUCCAAGUUGUGCAGGGACAAACAUCCCCAGAGCCCAUAUUUUCCUUAAUCGGUAAGGGAGAGGUAAAGGUUGCUAUGUCCCUGCAAACUGAACAACCUUUCUGAAGGUAAUGAAUGGAGCAGCCCAUGGGAAGGAGGAGGAAAUGCUGUAUAUAAAUUGCCCACAACAAAGUGCUUACAUAGCAAGUGUGUGAUCCACUGGUGUCUUCAGACUCAACUCCCAAAACCACACCGCUUAAUUUCAGUGGCAAGUUGUAAAAAAGCCCUAUAAACCAAGGCUUUUCAUAGUUUGUUGCCAACAUGUGACAUCCAACGGUUUUAGAGAGGAGGGGUGUAGUCAUGGCGGAGGGGGGGAGAUUCCAGGAGAGAGAGGUAUGCCAAAGUUGCCCACCCUUCCUAUAGGACAAUAAGAUGCUCCCCAUACAUGAGGCAGAUUUUUCCUGCAGCCCUGCAGGUGCAUGCAGUUGAGUGUUCUUGCUGCCAUUUUUUUUUUCAUUUUUCAAUUCUUCCUCCACUAGCUGUUUGGAUUGUAUGGCAGUUUGGCAGGGAAAAUAAACUGAAAUGUGCAGAAAUAUCAUCUGUAUCCCAUAAAUUGUUACUGCAAGGAACGUUUUUAUGCAAAAAAAUACUUUGCUUAGGCAAAUAAUUUUAAAUUAAUUUAUUUAUAUAUUUCAUUGAAUGUUUAAUUUAUAGAUGUACAUAUUUAUGAUGUAUUCUAGACAGCUGAUAAAUACGUUUCUCAAGGAAAUAAUUUCUGUUAUGGUCCACGUCAUGCAAUGCACAGUAGGCUAAUUAGAUCCACUUUAUCAGAUAUGAAUAAGUUUAUUUUUCCAUUGCGAGUCUUGGUUUGAGCAGAGGAUGAAUUUAAAUCAUAGUUGCUGCAUCUUCAUCUUUUUUUUCCCCCUAGACUGACAAAUUCUACUUAAACUGAAAUCUGACAUACGUGUCCAUAGCUUCAAGAGUGAGCCUGCUGGACAUCCACAUUUUUUUUGCCUAUAGGACAGAUGUGUUUUAAAAAGCGAAUGAAACCCGAGAGUAACACGUCCUUCCCACUCCCAGGAAACAGUAGCUAGGUAGAAUUCUAACUAAUUGGCCCUCAUGACAAUCAUGAAGCUACCUCUGUCACCUGGCUAUGUAAAGUGAUUGUCUCUUUUAGUACUUACAAGACCACAGAUAAAUCUUUUUUUUUUAAAGAGAUGCUGCCAAAUAAGCAAAUAAAAAAAAUUAUUGAACACACUCACUGGUAUCCACACACUCCUGCACAAAGUUUUCCUCUUUCUUCUUAAAUGCAAAAUCAUGUCCAGAAUAUAAUGCAGUUGCCUAUGUCAAUGAAGAAAUGAAGAUGCAGCUGAAAAAAAAAAGAAGGGCAGCAGGCUGCAGGAGCCAGUCUGGAUAUUGACUGGAGAUCUAAGAGAGAAUUGAAUCCAUGGAACUGAGUUGGUCAAGCCAUUCUUUCCUAUAGAGCAGGGAUAGGCAGCUGUGGCCCACCUCCGUUUUAGGGCCCAUCAGCCUUAGCCAGCAUACUCAAAAGGAUACAUUAUAGAUGCUGCAAUCCAAAAAAUGAUUUGGAGAGCCAGUUACCAGUUUCUGCUGUGGAAUAUGCGUGUGUUGUAUAGUGCCCAUUUUACAGUGAUGGGAACUUGUUUUAUCAUUCUGACCUUGCAGCAACCAUUUUUUGCUCCUUUAUUAUUAAGCUGCCUCCCUACCAUAGGUUUAGUGCUCUUCAGAAAGAAGCAAGACAUUGAAGAAGAGUUGGGUUAGUAUAAACUCCCUUCGCCUUUUUUCAUCUUUCUGAUAUUAUUGCUAUUAUUAAAUUUUUCAGAUCAGUUUACCUGUUUUGUGCAGAGUAGGACACUGACAUGUGAACAAAGGGCAACUAUACAUGAGUAUAGGCAGCAGAUAGGAAUGGGUGGCAUGAUAGAAGAACCCAGAAUGAGACCAGACCACUUUAAAUGAUAUGAAAUAUAUCCCAGCCCCUGUUGUAAAGCAUUUAUGGUCAAGUGUAUUGUGUUUUGACCUGGUACAGUCCUCCUGAAACUCUAGGCGGCUUGUUUUUAUGCUGCUUUGUGAGUGGUUUUAUUGGCUUAAGCCUGAGUGGAAGAAUUUAGAUAAUUAAGGGCUCUUUUCACAGUUUUCUGUAAAAUUGUCACCCACCCACUGAGAAUUCUGUGAUACCUUAAAGAUUAACUUGUACGUCAUCUCAUUAAUUCUUGUGUACUGUUGCCCAUGUCAUCUGAUGUAUGAAGGGGUAUUCGGAAAUUCAAGAAUAUAUCCCAAACACUAGAUGAGGAAUUGGGUUACAGGUAGUGAGAUCAGGCCCUGGAAACACGUCCCCCAGGUUUUCCCCAGGCUGGCCCAAGACAUUUUGAAGCCUAAAGCAGAGCCCAAAUUUCCGACCCUACUAGUAGAAUUGUCUUGCUGCAACAUUCAGAUGUUACUUCCAUUUGUUUCUCUGUCAUGAUCCCAUCUGAAAUGUGUCACUUUUGUGCUAUUGCAUGGCAGGGCUGGCCCUGUCUUGACUUCAACCAUUUCAUAAGACAGAAAUGCAUUCAGAAAUUUCCUCCCCCCCUCUUGAACUUGCUUGUUGGGUUUUUUUUUUAAUGUGGUCUAUGAUCAGAAACACAGUCAACUCCCUUACGAGUGGACAUACAAGGUGCAGAAAUGGCUGAGAAAACGACAUCUGUGUUCCACUCCUUUGCCCAUGAUACAUUUCACAAGCAUUCAAUAAACUUUUAGCAACUGGUAAAAGGGCUUUUAUAAAAUAAUCUAUGAGACUGCAUUCAUAACAGUGCUCCUAGUUAUUCUAAAUUGAAGUUUUAUACCUAAUGUUUGUGAGGGAAUUUUACAGAUCCAGUUUUCCUGAAUAAAAUGUACAUCUGUUGGAUUUAAGCAUACAUUUCAAGUAGCAAAUUAUUAUUUGGAGAAUGAGAAAAUUAAAAGGGAAAAACCCUUUGUGUUGGGAAUUUUGUACCACUUUCCCAUUAUUAAUGCACCUGAGCUGUCUGACCUGAACCAUUCUUGUGUUAAGAGUGCAAUUAUUUUUAUUACUGUAUUUUUAAAGACAAGAUCACAUUUAAAAUGAAGAAGGAACAGACCAGGAAAAACAAUUGUUUUAUUAUGUAACUUUCUGAAAUACUUUCAUGUUAUGUCCUGUUUUGUUAGUUCCUUUGUUUUAUUUUAAAUUCUAUUUCAUCUGUUUCUCUGUCUAUGGCUGCUGUUAAGAAUUACAUGUUGGAUCAGGUGGAACUUGGCCAGUGAGGCAACUCUUACCUUCUGUGAAAAGACAUCUGUGAUUUUUUUAAGGCCCAAAUUUAGGGACAGGGGAGAGGUCUACAAGGUACUUAGGCCUUAUUAACCUCAAUUAAUUUUUUAUCUUUCUGUCCCAGAAAGUAACAUGACAGGCACCUAAUUGGUGUACCAUAUUAAUUCACAUUACUAAUAAAGGUAUCUUGUAAUUUCA